GGUACGAUACGGUACCGUACUGGUAGGUUUCUUGGUUGUGAAUCCAAAAUCAAGAGUGUGAUAUCAAGAUGAAAAUUCAAGGUGCUGUUGCUCUUAUUACUGGUGCUGCUGAAGGACUCGGCAAGGCCUUUUCAGAGGAAUUACUCAAGAGGAGUGUUAGAGGAGUCAGUAUCGUCGAUUACAAUCCUGCAAAGGGAAAGGCCACAGAAGAUGAACUAAACAAGAAAUAUGGGGAGGAUAAAGUCCGAUUCUUUCAAUGUGAUGUAACUUCAAAGGACCAGUUAGAAGAUGCCUUUUCAAAGACCCUUGAGCAUUAUAAGGGCAUAGACAUUGUCUGCAACAAUGCGGGAAUAGGAGAUGAGAUCAACUGGGAGAGAACUGUUGAUGUAGACUUGGUAGCUGUCAUGAGAGGCACCUUUCUUGCCAGGCAGAUGAUGGAUAAGAAAAACGGAGGGAGAGGAGGUAUUGUUAUCAACAUUGCAUCCAUGGCUGGCAUGUUGCCCAUGCCCUUGGCACCUGCAUAUACUGCUGCUAAACAUGGUGUACUAGGAUUCACAAGAGCUAUUGCGAUUGGAGACCGUGUAUUCAACCCUAAGAACGUUAGAAUAAACUGCCUUUGCCCAAGCUUCAGUGAGACAGCGAUACUGGAAGGAAUGAGAGAGUUGAUCAAGCAUCCCGUAGCAAAGGCCAUAUAUGGUUCAGAACUAGAAACUAUUCCAGUUUCAAUGGUAGCUGAGGGUUUCAUCCAGCUCGUGGAAGAUGACAGCAAACAUGGAGAAGUGAUGAGAUGUACUCCUCAGAAUGGGAUCGAUUACAAAAAGUACAGAGACUGGGUCCCAAGCAAGCUCUAAUACUGUGUUUACACCCACAAUGGUGCAGAAAUUGUCAGUGCCUCGUCUGUAAAUGAAUUGCAAGUCAGGUAACAUGUAAUACCUCUGAGGAAAUUGUGUACCCAAGUAACGUCAUCUCACACUAGGGGCCCGUUUCAUAAAGAACUUUAACACAACUGUUGUAACUUUGCCAUUAUGGCAACUAC